AUGGCAGCAGUGCAGUGUUUCAAAUAUUUAGUAGUAUUAUUAGUGCUGGCACUCAAGCCGAAUUCCAUCAACUCUUCUAUACUUUCUGCGGCUGAAAAUGGCGCAGUAAAUAACGAGCUACUAGAAUUGCUAGAUAUGGUGCGAGAGGAGCGCGACUACAAUACAAUCGCCAUUGGGCAGUCGUCGAGGGAGAAUUGCGUGUUUGAAAAUCUUCUUCAAGAAAUAUCAGUGCCUGUGGUGCUGCUCAACAAAAGGUUGGAAUACAAAUACAACACAAAAUUCUCAAAAGAACUGCUUAUUCUGCUCUGCCCAAAGCAGCGCGGUGUGGUUGCCACCUUGGCAGAGCUGAAUGUAUUUCGUGGCUUGAAGCAAACGCGUAUUGUGGUUUAUGUGCCACAUGCGUCCAAUCUUGAGCUGAUCAAACAAUACUGCAAUGAUGCCAUGGCUAGUGACAUUUACAAUGUGCUAAUAAUUCAAAACGACUUUACUGAGACACACAACUACCACACCUGCAACAGAUUUCCGUUGGAAGCGCCACCCUACAAAGAAAAGAGUCUGCAUUCCACACAGCUCACUUCAAAUGUCAUCUUCGAGGAACAAUUUCGUGAUAUGCAUGGUGCGCCAAUACGUACCUACCCGGACCAGCUCGAGCCACGCACCAUGCUGUACUAUAAGGAUAACGGGGAAUUGGAAUUGGAAGGAUACAUCGGCAGAUUGCUAAGAGUGUUUGCAGCCAAACGAAACGCGACACUAGCCAUAGACUAUCCUUUCGAGGUGGGAAAAACUACCUUCUAUGGUGUAUUGAUGGAGCUCGCACAAAAUGGCAGCCUCGAUAUAGCUGCAGGCCUGAUAUUUCCUCAGUCCAAAAAGGAGCUGGAAGCAAUGUCAUAUCCAGUGGAGACUUUGGAUUAUUGUUAUAUGGUACCACUACCCGAAACAGUGCCCAUUAGUGAGCUAUUCGUUGGCAUAAUACGGUCGCCCACACUUUUCUACAUCUUCGUGUUUAUUGUAAUUUUUGCUGCACUGCUCACUCAUCUCAAUACUCGCAUGCAACUCAGUUUUAUUAACCUCUUCCUGAAUGAUAAAAGCAUUCGUGGCAUGUUGAGUCAAUCUUUCGUGAUAGCAACCAAACCGAGUCUGAGAGUGAAGUUCGUCAUAUUUUUACUUUGCUACAUGAGCAUCAUUACCAACACAACUUACCAAGCUUAUCUGCAAUCUUUUCUCACACGCCCACCUCUAGAGCCGAUGUAUCGCAGUUACGAGGACAUGGAAGCUGCUGGUCUUAAACUUGUAUUCCAUGCACAUGAAAUUGCUGUACUAUCUAAAUUAAAUCAGAGCUUUUCGGAGCACAUGCAUCUCACCGAAGUUGUCGCUGAUUUUGAUGUGUGGAUGAAGCAUCGUUCGCGUAUGAACACAAAAUAUGUGUAUCCGGUGUCAAAUGCUCGUUGGGAUAUCUUCAAUUUUCAACAGAGCCUCUUCGAACGUCCAAUUUACUACUUUAACACGGAUUUGUGUUUCUUCAAAAGUGCAUUUAUGUGUAUGCCCAGACGAGUAGAUCUACCUUACGUUGAUUUAUUGGAUGACUUUAUACUGCGCCUGCAUUCUUCAGGUAUUAUGAAGGAAUGGAUGUCGUUGAGUUUUUUCGUAAUGGCAAAACUGAAAAGGAUAGUGAUCAAAGAUUUGAGUGAGCCGGUGGACUACGGACGUCCGUUAGUGGUCGAUGACUUUUUCUGGAUACAAAUACAAUAUAUCGGUUGCAUGGCUCUUGGGUUAGCUGCCUUUGUGGGCGAAAUUUUAUACUUCCGUUGGAAAAAGAUGGCGACCAAGUAA